ACGGAGGAGUUCCGGGGACCAGGCGACCGCCGCGCCACUGGUGUCCUGAGCUUCCUGAGUUGCGCGCUGCUGCUCCGCGGUGGGGUCGCCGCACGGCCGCCGAGAUCAUGGUGUUCUACUUCACCAGCAGCAGCGUGAAUUCAUCUGUCUACACUAUUUACAUGGGAAAGGACAAAUAUGAAAAUGAAGAUCUGAUCAAGCAUGGCUGGCCUGAAGAUAUCUGGUUUCAUGUGGACAAACUCUCUUCGGCUCAUGUAUACCUUCGAUUACAUAAGGGAGAAAAUAUAGAAGACAUCCCAAAGGAAGUGCUGAUGGACUGUGCUCACCUUGUGAAGGCCAAUAGCAUUCAAGGCUGCAAGAUGAACAACGUUAAUGUGGUAUAUACGCCGUGGUCUAACCUGAAGAAAACAGCUGACAUGGAUGUGGGGCAGAUAGGCUUUCACAGGCAGAAGGAUGUAAAAAUUGUAACAGUGGAAAAGAAAGUCAAUGAGAUCCUGAACCGAUUAGAAAAGACCAAAGUGGAGCGGUUCCCAGACCUAGCAGCAGAGAAAGAAUGCAGAGAUCGUGAAGAGAGGAACGAGAAAAAAGCCCAGAUUCAGGAAAUGAAAAGGAGAGAAAAAGAAGAAAUGAAGAAAAAGAGGGAAAUGGAUGAACUUAGGAGCUAUUCAUCACUAAUGAAAGUAGAAAAUAUGUCUUCAAAUCAGGAUGGCAAUGAUUCAGAUGAAUUCAUGUAAAAGGAGAAAAGGACCUUUGAAGAAGUGAAUGUAGAGACAGUGGCAGACCUUUUGGUUUCAUCUGUGUCCUGAAGCAUAAAAUACUACCAAAAUUCCACCUUCAUCCUACCCAGAAAUUAUUGAUUGUGGACUUUUAAAAAAAUUGUACCUUUUUAGCUGACAGAAAAGGAUCAGAUAUGUAUAAAUAGUUGAACUCGACAGCAUAUAACUUAAAGCGAAAAUGUUUUUGCCAGGACAUGUCUUGGUACCUUGUGAAAGCUAACUGCUCUUAUUCUUGAGAUAGACUUUCAAAUGAACCAACUCUGAGAAGUACUUCUGUUGCUGUGGUCCAUCCCUGAAAACAGAUGUCUUGAAACACUUUUCAUAUUCUUAAAAUAAUCUUCACUUCUGUUAAGAAGAACAUGUUGGUGGGUAAUUAUGCGAACGUCUCCGUGUCCCUGACUUCUUGAUUAGAAAAAAGGGCAUCUGGGUUUUGAAAAGGAGAUUUUCAGAAGAUUGUUGGCUUCAGUAUUCACAUUGCAUCGUGUCAGCUGGGACUGUUAGCUUAGUGACCCUCAGCUCAGUCUGUCCUGGCUUUUACGUCCUUGCUUCCUCUGAGCAGGGGCCUCCCUCUUAGUCUCAUCAUAUUUAAAGAAACUGAUGCUGUUCAUCCAGGUGGGGCCUGUGGCAGUUAUUGCCUGAGCACCAAGUAAGCCAAGCCACCUAUGCGACAGCUUCUGGACGCAGGAGUAAUUUCUCUGCACUGGGGUAAAACAGGAAGGAGUGCUCUGUUGAUCCUUUGGGAGAUGUAGGUUACCUGAUGUGUGCCUUGGGAUGCAGCAUGAAGCAGAAAUCCGUAUUGCAAUUGUGAUUUUAGAAGGAACUAAGCAUUUCACUAGCCAACCAAGUAAUUAUUUUGUUUACCCGGAAAUCAUAUUUGAGUUGUAACCCCAGAGUUCAAUUUCUCAUUGUAGAUUCAGCAACUUACUAUGUAGCAUUACUUCUCACUUGAACCACUCACUAUCUGUUGUGAUUCUAAGCAGAAGACAUCUUUUGAUUACAGUACGUAAGGCAACCCCUGUAGAAUGAGACAAAACCGGGAGAAAGAGAACAAAGCCUUUAGGACCAGAGGCAUACACGUGGACGUUUUACUCACCCCACAGCAGCAAGAAUGACCAGCAGGUAUUCCACCUGUAGUAGCACUUUGGAACUGUGGGCAAAACCGAAAGGCUAGUGUCCCCAUUUGUUCCACACUGGUGUAUGGGGUUGAACUGGAAAAUUCCCUGAGGCGUAAUUCAUUGGCCAAAUUUUGAGAGGGUAUAGAAGAUGAGUGGUUUUGGGUAUGUGUUUAAUGAUAUUCAGCUUGACGUUCUGCAAUUUUAAAAGUUAUAAUAAACUAUCUUUUUUUUUUUUUAAUCUGGAAGGACAGUGAUAAAUGAAUUCUUAGAAUUUGCUAUAAAAAGAGUAGCCCCCAUCUACAAGCUGGUUUUGAAGGAGAUCUUGCUGUAAACCUCAUUCAUCAUAGGCACAGUCUGACGGGUUCUGUUGGGGGCUAUCAUCUUUCUCCUCCUCUGCUAAAUGCCUCAUUUCUUCCAGAUGCUGACUGGGUCAAAGGGAUGCCCUUUCUCAGACAUAUUCUUGAUUGACUGUGAAUUUGUAGCUGUGCUCCUUCCGUGCUUCCAAGGAGUCCGGCUGCUACAGAACUCCUCGGUACCCCACAUUGCAACACAUGUAGAUAGCACUUUUGAAGAGUACAUAAAUUUUUACUGCAGUAUGAGAGGUCCCAGGGCUCACAUUUUAAACAUUUCCUAACUCCCAGCUUACGCUGGUUUAAAAUGUUCAGGUCUGUCUGCUGAAUUCUCUAGAUGAAUUCAUAGCUCUCCAACCUCCUCUGUGCUGAUUCCCACGCCCCCAACCCCCAGCCUCUGUGUUUUAUUUUUUCCCCAUCUCUGUUGGUCCCAGGGAAAGCAAGGAUGUUUUCUUUGGAGGACAUAAUAGGUUCACUGCCCACAGGUCAAAUUGUUGGCAUUGAACUCCUCUCAUUUCUUGCUAUUGGAUUGUUUCCUAAACGUUGGAUAGGAGAAUUAGAUAUUGUUGCUAUUUUUAUGAGCUGUGUCCUUGAUCAAAUCUCUGCUGUGGGUCUGAGUCACUAUGCUAACACCGUCUUCAGUUUCAACACUGAUCGGCAUGCAGGCGAGGGUCACGUUUAAUUUACUUCACUAACUGCUGUAUUAUAUUCUAAUAGCUUUAGACUUCACAUUUCUUAUCCUCCUUUGUCUAGACUUGGGAUCUUUGGGCAAGAGAGCUUUGUCAUAGUGGUUGGGCUGGAACAAAUGUUGAGAAGUUGAUCAGAAAGCAUUGAGAUUAGCAGAAUAGGUGAUGGACAUUAAGAACCCAGUGUCCAUGUGUUUUGUUGUACUGUCUUUAACUCGUUCUUGAAGCAUAGAUUUCAGUGAGCCUUUCAGCUGUUCAGUGCCAGCAGUUUUCCCCUACUCAGGAAAGAUGGUGUGAGCCGUAUACCCAGCAGGAUGGGACAGGGAGAGUUUUAGCUGCAGCUUCUAGUUUAAGAGCAAAGCCCUUCCUCUCAGCGUUGCAUGUGUCUGAGAGGGGAAGCUCUUGUUUUCCAAGCUGGAACCGUUUAUGGGGAAAACUGAGCAGGGUGGCAAAAUGGAAAAGGAACAAUUUUCUAGUUUUUCCUGACCCAUGAUAUUGAGGCCUGCUUUGUCUUUCAUUUGCAGUACAGCAUGUGAAUAACAAUUUCUGUAUUCAAAAUGAUCGUAUUAGAGUGACUGCGUGACCUUUGAUUUUAAAGCAGACUAAAACCGGACCAGACAACAAUGAAAAUAUAAAAUUAGAAACUUAAAUUCCAAGCUGAAUUUCAGCUGUGACUCACCUAACUCCAGUGAAUAGGUGGCAGCUCAGAAACAAGGAUGGUACUGCUGCUGCGGGAGCGAGCUCACAUCCAGCUGGCACUUCGUGAGAGCUCUUUCCUGCCAACCACGUGUGAGUUCUGCGUGGGCAAGACUUGUAUGUGUGCUCUGUCAUUUUGAAAGGGAAAUGAUGCCAAUCCCAGACGCAGCAUGUCCUGAAUGAUCUGUAAAAUAUAAUAAAAGCUUAUAGUUUGAGUAGAA